CCCGGUUCGCCCGGCCCUAGCUUUGUUGGUGUCCGAGGCUCGGCUUUUCGCAGCGUUUUAGGGCGGCAGCUUCUCCCACUGCGUCCUCCCCGCGGUCCCUUUGGCCCACCCUGAGGCUCAGGAGCCUAGCCCACCCUCAGCCGCUGCUCGGUUCUUGACAACCUUUGCUCCCGGAGAAGGCCUUUGCCUGGCAUCUGGGAGAACCUCGCCCAGGGCGGCCCGCCACAGGACCUGGCUCCGACCUGAGAGUGACCGAGGAAGGGACUGAAGUUCAGACAGAGGGUGGAGGCGGAGAGUUGUUUCACAAGCAGCCCUAGAGAACGUCUAUCCUAACCUUGUGCGAGGGACUCUUGGUGGGACAUGGGGCGUGAGGCCUCCUCUGGCUAGAGCUUGGGGUUGGCAGCCAGCAAGGUAGCAGGGUCACUUGGCUGGCAAGAACCAUUGAGGGCCGCCAGCCAGCCACCAAAUGGGGGUGCCCUCCCAUACACCUAUCCCAGCAAAGAAACUGCAGUAGAGAGCCCCCCUGGGUCUGGGGCGGCCACAUUUUCCCAGAAUUCAAGGGACUGAUGUGGGCACAUGCGGAAAUGAAGGAGGCCACAUAGCCUUCAAAUGACCUGAUUUAAGUUUUAGCAACUGCUUAGCCCCUCUUUUUCCUCCUUUCCAGGCAGUCACCUAUGGAGUGGGGGAACUGGAGGCAGGGAAGCAAAAACGGUGCCCUUCAAGCUUUUGUCCUUUCCAGAAACUAGAAGGGGUGGGGGAGGCCUGUAACGGGUGGACUUCUCCCUUCAGGUCUUCAGACAUGGCUGUCCACUCCUUCCCUGUCCCCACAGCUCUUCCUGCAGACUCUUUUUUCCUGAGGAUCCUAUUAAGAUCGUCCGGGGCCGAGGGCAAUACAUGUAUGAUGAACAGGGGGCGGAAUACAUCGAUUGCAUCAACAAUGUGGCUCACGUUGGGCACUGCCACCCUUUCGUGGUCCAAGCAGCACACGAACAGAACCAGGUGCUCAACACCAACAGCCGAUACCUGCACGACAACAUCGUGGAUUAUGCACAGAGGCUGUCUGAGACCCUGCCGGAGAAGCUCUGUGUGUUUUACUUCCUGAAUUCUGGGUCUGAAGCCAAUGACCUAGCCCUGAGGCUGGCCCGUCAGUACACAGGACACUGGGACGUAGUCGUCUUAGAUCAUGCUUAUCACGGUCACUUGAGCUCCCUGAUUGACAUCAGUCCCUACAAGUUCCGCGACCUGGAUGGCCAGAAGGAGUGGGUCCAUGUGGCACCUCUCCCGGACAUCUACCGAGGCCCCUACCGGGAGGACCACCCCAAUCCAGCUGAGGCCUAUGCCAGUGAGGUGAAGCGCAUGCUCAGCAGCGCACAGGAGCAGGGCAGGAAGAUUGCUGCGUUCUUCGCUGAGUCUCUGCCCAGUGUGGGAGGGCAGGUCAUCCCCCCUGCUGGCUACUUCCCGAAAGUGGCAGAGCACAUCCGCAAGGCCGGAGGGGUCUUCAUCGCGGACGAGAUUCAAGUGGGCUUUGGCCGAGUAGGCAAGCACUUCUGGGCCUUCCAGCUGCAAGGGGAAGACUUUGUCCCCGACAUUGUCACCAUGGGCAAGUCCAUUGGCAAUGGCCACCCUGUAGCCUGCGUGGCCACAACCCAAGCUGUAGCGAGGGCAUUUGAAGCCACCGGCGUCGAGUACUUCAACACAUUUGGGGGCAGCCCAGUGUCCUGCGCUGUGGGGCUGGCUGUCCUGGAUGUCUUGGAAAAGGAGCAGCUGCAGGCUCACGCCACCCAAGUGGGCAGCUUCCUGAUGGAGCUCCUCGGACAGCAGAAAGCCAAACACCCCAUCAUCGGGGAUGUCAGGGGUGUCGGGCUCUUCAUUGGUGUGGAUCUAAUCAAAGAUGAGGCCACCAGGACGCCAGCAACCGAAGAGGCUGACUACUUGGUGUCCAGGAUGAAGGAGAACUACAUUUUGCUGAGCACGGAUGGCCCUGGGAGGAAUGUUCUGAAAUUUAAGCCCCCGAUGUGCUUCAGCUUGGAAAACGCACAACACGUGGUGGCCAAGCUGGAUGCAGUCCUGACAGACAUGGAAGAAAAGGUGAGAAGUUGUGAGACACUAAGGCCCCAAGCCAAGGAAACCCUGCUGAGUCAUGUCCUUCCCUAGGCGCUUGACAUCCUCACAGCCAACACCCCUGGGGCAGGCCACAAAGCCCGGCUGGUCAGACUCCAAAGCCCCUGCUGCCAGUGGCCCCUGCACUCACUGUCUGUCCUGCCUCCCAGCUGGAAAUGAAAUAGCCCACUCAAGAGUAAUGGUGACCCUGACUUCCAACUUACAGAGGAAGAAAGCCUGAGGCCAUACAUACUGCACUCCCUUUCCCCAACCACUGGUCUAUCGUUGAGACCACUCAGGGCCCAGAGUCAAUUUCCUCUUUGCUCAGAAACCUGCCCACUGUGGGUGGGGACAGGAUCAGGGACCUUCCAGUGCUCCCACUUAAAUAAAUCAUAAGCAAUAUUUUUCAAAUAAAGUACACAUACUUCACCCCAAUUAAGGUCAGAAAAAAAAACAUUUUACAUAAGGUAUCCCCAUACAAGCAUAAUCCUAUAAAAAACUGGCAAACAACCCCCCACACCAAGUGAUGCAAUCUGAUGUUUCUACCCUACUGAAUUAAUGCUGGGUACAACUAAACACUCGAUUUCAAGACCCACUACCACUAGUUUGACUGGUGCUGCCCUAUAGGCUCUUCCAGCGCACUUCCCAUUAAGGCACAUCUAGAAGGCCUCUGUCACUGUCUACUGGGCUAACAACUAGUGGAUAAUGUCUUACUCAACUGCUCCUAGGAGUCAAUCUCAUUUUACAUGAAAUGUCAGGGGCAGAUCCAACCUUCCCAAAUGCCCAGCCAGGAUAUUGAGGUUUCCAGGAGCCCCACCCUACCUGUCCCACCUUAUCUGGCUGCCACUCCUGCUCAGACAGCCUGCCACACCCUGACACAGUAAGCCACACCCUCAAAUCCCAACCACCACCUAGAGAAUACUUGAAGCAGGAACUACCCUCUCCUGACCAGAGUUCAAGGGAGGUAAUAGCUGCACUUCUCAAUGCACAGAACUCCGCUCCUUUGAAGGCAAAAUGCCCUGAACAAAAGCUGGCCAAGACCCUAGGGGCUCUUUGGGAAGGAUCUUGCUGGCUUGGGGUUGACUAAACCAGUGUCCUAAGGGGAUGGAGGUAAAUAAAGACUUGGUUGUGGCGGGAACAAGAUAGGAGAAAAAAAUCUGCAGCAGUGUCCAUAGCAGGAAAAGACGUCACCACCAAGGGAAGAAAUCAGUACAUGGCAGAAGUUCUAGAAUCUCCUGAGAACUGUAGGCCUUAUACCUUAUAUAACUUACAAAGGAACUCUAGAUACAGACUCUAGAUCCAGAACACCUUGAUCUCUGGCUUUAAAUCAGGAAUCAAACAGACUACUCAGCAUGCUUGCUCUAUCCCAAAGAAGCCACUGUCCUCUCCUGCCUCCCACACACCUUGUAUUUACUGCCGGUCCUGCCAACCGAGGAGCUCCUUGAAGAAAAACAGAAAGGUCCCACUACCCAAGAGAGCUCUUGGAGGUAGCCCAACCCCUAAGCCACACCUGCAAGGGCCAGCCCUCCCAACGGCAAGGCACACACAGCUA